AGAAAACGGGAAGGUGCAAAGUGUGACUAUUUCCUUCUCGUGAAGCGAUAAGUCCGUCUCUCUCAUUACUCCAUUGAAGAGCAUCGCAGCCCCUUCCUCGCUACACAAAGUUAUAGGUCAAGCUUCAGCAAAGAGGACACCCACGGCAGGUAUAGGAGGAGGCGCUGUUUUCCAGGCAGACUCCUUUCGCUCUGCCGCUCUUUCCACCUCCGUGCGCUCCACCCAUUAAAGCGCUCUCCGCAGACUUCAUCGUUGUUUUCUGUUAAAGCCUGAGCUGUCCUGCCUCCCUCCUUUAUUAUCAUUUCGUUUCCUGCAUCCUUUUGUUUUCCUUCUUUGUUUGUUUGCGUGUGUGUUCCUCUCACUCCUUUAAGAGAGCCGUGAUGGACGCUGAAACUCAAAUCAUCGUGGCCGCGGUGGUGUGUGGGUUGCUUCUCGCUCUCCUCGGCGUCUUCAUCGGCCUCAUUCUCUACUUCGGGUGCGCCAUCAUGUGCUGCUGCUACAACGAGAAGUACGACGUGUGUGAGCAUGCCGCACAGAAGCGGGCGCGGAACCGCUGCGCAAGAAUCGCCAUUGGAGACACUGCAGAGAGCAUCAAUCCUCUGGAGCGGACAGACGUCAGUGUGCUGCACAGCCCGGGGCCACCGCUGUCGCUGGCGGCGGACGCACCGGUGGGCUGGGCAGCGGAGGCUGGGGAAGGCACUCAGGCAAAUAUGCCUUCAGCGCAAAGGAAUGACGUUGCUGCCUUUCAAAACGACAGGUCGGCGUCGAUCUCGGAUGCGGCGGUGACACCCAGUCGCACCCGUGAGACCUCUGUGUUCACCUCGCACACAGGCGAGACGUCAGCGACCACCUGCUUCACGCUGCAGCCUGUCACUGCAGAAACGGUAAGAACGGCGGCGGAGUCAUCGGUGGACGUCUUCAUGCGCUCACGGUCCGGCUCGUUCUGCAGGGAGUAUCAGCUUUGA